AUAGAAAUAAAGAAAAUUUUUUAAAAAAAAACAAAAUCUAAUGAAGACAAAAAUACAGAUAAUACCGAGCAACUACUUCUUACCUUAAUUGGUUUUAGUGAAUAAACAUCAAAAGCGUUUUUCAACAAUCUAAUUAUGAGUCAAUCACCUGUAUUUAAGCCGGUGACCCAUGUCAUUUUCGAUAUGGACGGAACACUGAUAGACACGGAGAGCAUUCAUAAAAAGACGUACAAGAAAAUCGCUGCGGAAUACGGCAAAGAAUUUCCCGACGAUUUACGCGGCAAGAUCCUCGGGAGACAGGAAUUUGACGUCGCUGCCUUAAUUAUCGAUACGUUGAAAAUUGACUUGACGCCUCGAGAGUUCUUGGAUAAAGUUAACGCUAUAGAAUCGGAAGACUUGACAAAAGUAAAAUUAAUGCCCGGAGUUGAGGACCUCUUGGAGCAUUUCCGAAGGAACAGCGUACCUAUGGCCGUGGCUACGAGCAGUUCGAUGUCAAGUUACCGCAUGAAGACGAGUCACCUGCAGGACUGUUUCUCGGUAUUCAAUCACGUGGUGACCGGUGCUUCGGACCCAGAAGUAAAGCACGGCAAACCAGCGCCGGACAUAUUUAAAAUCUGUGCUUCCAGGUUUCCGGAUAAUCCUUUGUGCAAUCAGUGUUUGGUGUUCGAAGACUCGUCGAAUGGGGUGACCGCAGCGGCAGCUGCAGGCAUGCAAGUAGUCAUGGUGCCAGAUUUCUCGUCUGCAGACAGUCAGAGCCGGGCCAAUGCCACCCUCGUCUUGGACUCUUUGGAAGACUUUUGCCCAGAAAUGUUUGGGCUACCACCGUACUCGAUUGAACUUUACCUGUAGCCCGGCGGCUAAGCUAAACAUAAUCGAUUAAUACAUUUGUAGAAUAAUAAUAAUUUUAACAACGUUGAGUGUGGGUUUCAUUCUUAUGGUUAAACGGUUCAUAGCGUUUAUAAAUACAUUGCAUUACCAUUCGAA